GCGAUGAACUCCCCAUGGAUAUCUUGUUAGGUAUGUACUACCUCUCCGUGGCACAGCCCCAGUUUGACUGGGACCGAAAAGUGGUCAAACACACUUUGCCAGGUGGAGGGACCGCCAUAUUACGUAGGUUCAAAGCCAGUAGUCUGAUCGAGUCCUAUGGAGACAUGUGUGCGGCCGAGUUCUAUAAUUAUUAUAAGCAAAAUAAGGAGGAGGGUAUGUAUCUAGUUUAUGUCUCUGCUGCAGGUGAGCUGGUGAAAAUGCCGCCGGAGAUAGAGGGAGUAGUUGCUAAAUACCCUGAUCUAUUUGAAGAGCUGACAGGGGUUGAUGAGAGGGAGAUCGUCCACGCGAUAGAGAUUAUCCCAGGGUCUAGCAUUCCAAAGGGAAGGAUCUAUCGGAUGUCUCCAAGCGAGCUUGAUGAGCUUCGCCGGCAACUCAAGGAACUCGUAGAAAAGGGUUGGAUUCGGCCGAGUGUUUCUCCUUAUGGGUCUCCAGUCCUAUUUGGAUUAAAGCCCGAUGACGCGAAGGUGGUCAGUAUUCGUGACUGGUCGCGUCCUCAGUCUGUGACUGAGAUGAGGUCUUUCUUAGGGAUGACCGACUACUAUCGCAAUUUCGUGAAGAACUAUAGCAUAGUUGCCGCCCCUUUGACUGACCUGACUCGCCUUGAUACCCCAUGGGAGUGGACAGACAGAUGCGAGGCUGCUUUCAGACAUCUGAAGCAUGCGUUGACGCAUCAUGAGGUCUUGAAACUUCCUGAUCCUGACAAGCCAUUUAUAGUAACUACGGAUGCUAGCCAAUAUGGCAUAGGCGCCGUACUCGCACAGCAGGAGGGGAAAAAGUUGAGGUCGGUAGAGUACAUGUCCAAAAAGAUGCCCUCUCAAAAGUUGGCUAAGUCCACCUAUGAGAAGGAGCUCUAUGCGAUCUACAAGGCGCUCACCCAUUGGAGGCACUAUCUCCUUGGGAGGUUCUUCUACAUCAGGACUGAUCACCAGACCCUGAAGUGGAUGGGAACCCAACCUGUGCUCUCCGACGUUCUGAAGCGUUGGAUUGAAGUCAUAGAGCAGUAUGACUUCGAGACCCAGUACAUCAAGGGCGAGUACAACAAGGUUGCUGAUGCGUUCUCGCUUAGACCAGAUUUCUCUGGUGCGCUGAUCACUGAGUUUGGGCUUGCGGACGAUGUUACUCACUCUAUGGUGGAAGCCUAUCGCAAGGAUCAGUUUAUGUCUGAGAUCAUUCGCAGACUCGAGGCGAAGGAUAAAAUCACUUCUGCCGAGUUUGAGUUGGUCAACGGCCUGCUGUUCCUUGAGAAGGAAGGGAAUAAACGUUUGUGUGUGCCUAAUAGAGAGUCUUUGCAUAGUUUGUUUCUUGGCGAGUGUCAUGAUGCCACCGGACAUUUUGGCUUUAAGAAGGCUGCAGAGAUAGCAUGAGUGGGGACCAGCUUGGAUGUGUCAUCAAGCAUAAUCAAGGCGCUGUUUGCGC